GUUCGUAGUUCUAAUCCUUGGAGGUUCUUAACAGUUUUACUCAUCACCUUGUUGAUUGCUCAGACAGUAUUGUUGCAAUUCUUGAAAGAAUAGAAGUAAAGGUGUUACAGAGAUGCAAAUACCAAAUAAUAGCCUUUUGUUCUGCUAACAGCCCAAUUCACCAAACCGGGCCUAUACAUUUUUGUCCAUUUUCUGGAUUUUAGAUUGCAGCCAAGACACGAAAAGGAAAACGAUUUGCCGUUAUGUGGAAGACCAUUUUGACAGAAUUUGAAAGAAGAGAGACCUUUGUCAUGGAUCCAUCCCAAUAAGUUCAGGCUUCCGUUUGGCUACCGAGAAAGGGAAAGAAAAUAAAUAACGUUCUAUUCCCCGUUUAUAUUUUGCUCUUUCAGGAACUAAGGCAAGUUGCUGGCAUUGUUCAGAGAGCGAGAGAGAGAGAGAGCUUUAAUUUGGUGAUGUAGUAAUGGCUGCUACUAAGAACCGGUCAAGUAGCUUUACUCGCAAUUUAUUGGCUGUAUCUUCUUCUCAAAAUCCUGGAAUCAAGUGUGGUCCUAAUGGCACAUUCUUUGUUUCUUCUGGGAUAUCUGAUCUUGACAAGAUACUGGGUGGUGGGAUUCCUCUGGGAAGCCUAGUCAUGGUAAUGGAAGAUGCUGAAGCACCUCAUCACAUGCUUUUGUUGAGAAAUUUUAUGUCUCAAGGACUUAUUCAGAACCAACCUCUUCUGUAUUCUAGUCCAUCUAAAGAACCGAGAGUAUUUUUGGGUACAUUGCCUAGUCCAUCCUCGUCUAAAGAUGAUAAGUUGCGUAAACAUCAUCCAGAAGAGGAGAAGGGGUUGAGAAUUGCUUGGCAGUAUAAGAAGUAUUUUGGUGAAAACCAGCAGACUUUUGAUGGCCACAGAGAUAGCAAGCAAGAAUUCUGCAAUGACUUUGACUUGCGGAAACCAUUGGAGAGGCAUUUUUUUAGUGGGCAGCGUGUAGAUUGUGUUAGUGUGAAUGAUUCUCCAAAUCUUGCCACUCUUCAGGAUCGUUGUUCUGCAUUUUUAGCUCAGUUUCCUCAAAGAAAUGAUGGCGGUAUUUCUUCCAUUGGUCGUAUUGCUAUUCAGUCAUUAUGUGCUCCGCAAUGCGAGUAUUCCAACAAGGAAUGGGAGGUGCUUUCUUUUAUAAGAUCUCUGAAAAGCAUGCUACGAUCUGCAAAUGCGGUUGCUGUUAUUACCUUUCCACCUUCUCUUCUUUCAGAUUCCUUUUGCAAAAGAUGGCAGCACAUGUCGGACAUUUUACUUUCUGUCAAAGCAAUCCCAGAUGAUGACAAGGAACUGGCCAAACUCCUGACUGGUUACCAAGAUAUGAUUGGCUUCCUUAACGUACACAAAGUAGUGCGAAUCAAUACUCAGGUUCCUCUGAUUCUUGAUGCAACAACAUUCUCAAUAAAAUUGCACAAGCGUAGAUAUUUGGUUUUAGAAUGUCUAAAUCAAGCUCCUAUAGAUAGUUCAAGUGGGAGUUCAUAUGGAGCAUCUGGCAGUUGUUCUGGCUCUUCCAAAACUGGAAAUCUUGAUUUUUAGCAAGACUGCAUACUGCUACAAGUGGAAUUCCUUCCACCUUAUAGAAGUGGCACUAAGAGCUGGCCCUGAAUAGAGGAACAAAGUAUUUCUCCUGUUGUCUGAAUUUUUGAGACCUUUUCUCAUCAAUUGGCUUGCGAUCAUCUCAUUCAGUAUUUUGUAACUCAAUCAACUUCAGAAACAGGGUCUGGUCCGUCAGUCCUGCUGCUGGCACUGCCAUAUUCAUUAUGGGAUUUUAACUUCAGUUAGUUUGGUCCAUAGAACCAUAUUAUGUUGGUGGAGUAUUGCAAAAUUGAGUUGAUAUAGCUAUGGAGAGCUGAAGUGUGAAACACUAUAGUUUUUGUGUUCAUGCUAACUGCAAAAGAAACAGUAGCAAGAUAGAGCUUUUUAUAUUGUCUAAUGCAGUAUUCUUUGUAAUAUUAUUCUGGCUCAUGCAGCUUCUUUGAAUUUAUAUUGUCUCGGGUUACCCA